AUGCCCUUCCUGAACAGAUGCCUGGCCAAGGGAUUGGCAGCAGCACGGGACACAACCAUGCCAAAAGUGGUAGUCCAGCCAAACCUGCAGGAAUUAUUGUCGCAACUUGACCACCUUCUGCCGCGCGACCAGGCUUUGCGCUUGGUGGGGCAUCCAAGUGGUGCAAAGCUACUAGAGCUGAGCACUGGCAGGGCCCUGACUCAGGGGCGACGCGAGGUACUAGUUGCAGUCGGGCCUGAAGCCGGCUGGAGUGAAGAUGAGCCGUCCGAGUUGGACUUGCUGUCAUCUGCUGGCUUCCAGAGCAUGUCGCUUGGACAAAGAAUCCUGCGAUCCGACGUUGCCACCACCACACUCCUGGCCUUUGCCGAGCAGAUGCUUCCGACCUGA